GCUCUGGAGGGUCGGCCAGGGUCGCCGCGGCGGGCGCCUGGGCCGCCGGCCGUUAGACGAGGCCUCCGCAGGUGGUGUUGGCGUCAGCCGUGGCCCCAGGGCAGCGUCUCGGUGUGAAGAGAAUCGAGAGCUGCAGGAGUUGCUAGUAGGUUGUGCUGGGGAUGCUCCUGGGAGAGACCAGCUGCUGAGGCAGCGCCAGUGCAGAGGCUGUCGACUUGCCCAGAAGAAAGGGAUCGCCAUGGAUCAGAACAACAGCCUGCCGCCCUAUGCUCAGGGCCUGGCCUCCCCGCAGGGCGCCAUGACUCCUGGAAUCCCUAUCUUUAGUCCGAUGAUGCCGUAUGGCACAGGGCUGACUCCACAGCCCAUUCAGAACACCAACAGUCUGUCCAUUCUGGAGGAGCAGCAACGGCAGCAGCAGCAGCAGCAGCAGCAGCAGCAGCAGCAGCAGGCGGCAGCAGUGACAACAGUGACAGCCGCAGUGCAGCAGUCAACGUCCCAGCAGGCUCCUCAGGGGGCCUCAGGACAGACACCACAGCUCUUCCACUCACAGACUCUUACCACUGCACCCUUGCCGGGCACCACACCCCUGUACCCCUCGCCCAUGACCCCCAUGACCCCCAUCACGCCUGCCACGCCAGCCUCUGAGAGCUCGGGGAUUGUGCCACAGCUGCAAAAUAUUGUAUCCACAGUGAAUCUUGGUUGUAAACUUGACCUGAAGACCAUUGCACUUCGUGCCCGAAAUGCUGAAUAUAAUCCCAAGCGGUUUGCUGCGGUCAUCAUGAGAAUAAGGGAGCCCCGGACCACAGCCCUGAUCUUCAGUUCCGGGAAAAUGGUGUGCACGGGCGCCAAGAGAAGGCGAGACGUGGGUCUGCCCUGGCUCCAUGUCCCUCUUCAUUUUGGCGUCUUUACCAGCUUGUUUUACUUGGGACGCGGCUGGGAACAUGGGGUUUCCCAGUGGAUGCUCCAUGUGUUGCCUUCACCGCAGGCACGCCGUCUUGUACCUCACAAGGAACAUGAAGAGCAGUCCCGACUAGCAGCAAGAAAGUACGCCAGAGUUGUGCAGAAGUUGGGUUUCCCAGCCAAGUUUUUGGACUUUAAGAUUCAGAACAUGGUGGGGAGCUGCGAUGUGAAAUUCCCCAUAAGGUUAGAAGGCCUGGUGCUGACCCACCAACAGUUCAGUAGUUAUGAGCCAGAGUUAUUUCCUGGUUUAAUCUACAGAAUGAUCAAACCCAGAAUUGUUCUUCUUAUUUUUGUUUCUGGAAAAGUUGUAUUAACAGGUGCUAAAGUCAGAGCAGAAAUUUAUGAAGCCUUUGAAAACAUCUACCCCAUCCUCAAGGGCUUCAGGAAGACAACGUAAUGGCUGGCCUGCCCUCCCACCCACUUGUAAAAACACAUCCGUUUUGGUACCUUUAAGUGGUGGUGGUGUGGGUGGCCUGGGUCGGCGUGGGUUGCAGCCUGCAUGUACGCCUGGGCACGCACCAGGUGUUACUGUAGUGCUGCCUGUCUAUUUAGAUUUAGAUUUUAAACUCUUACUGCUGUUGACAAGUUGGUUUAAGGGACAAAACUUUGGUGUUAAAGCCACCUCUACAAUUGACUGGACUUUUAAUUUUGUUCGCUUUAUUCCCCUUAAACCACAGUUUUUAUAUUUCUACCAGAAAAAAAAAAUGUUUUUUAUAAGUGUUGUUUUUCUAAUUUGUAAUCCUAGGGUUUAUUUUUGUGCCAGACACAUUCCGCCCUCUCAGUAUUGCAGGACAGAUGUAUUAAUGAACACAGAUGGCUGUAAAUAUUUCUCUCCUCAGUACUCUGUACAAUAAAUGCUGUUUAUAAAAGUGUUAGGUUGAUGUUAAUAAAUGAUGCCUUGUAAGAUUUAUGUGA